ACAUUCAAAAAGGGAUGAAUAUUUUUGUUUCUUCAUAACUAUUUUUAUACCAGACCCGUUCGACAGCUGGGAUAUUUAAGCUGUACCAAGUGCGGUCACAUUGCACGUCAUCUUCGCAACCAAAAAAAAAACGAAAAUCAACCCCGAAAAAUAACAACAUUCCCCCAAAUAGACGCGACAUUCGCCACAACAGCGCAGUCGAGGGCACAGGACCAAAGGGGCACUAGGACCAAGACGAGUUUGCCAGGAUGAACGGACUGCCACCGAGCAAGCACUACAAUUUGACGCACUUCCAGCAGCGUUACAAUUGGGACUGCGGAGUGUCCUGCAUAAUCAUGAUACUUUCAGCCCAGCAGAGGGAACAGCUUCUUGGAAACUUUGAAGCUGUUUGUAGUGAGGAAGGAUUCGGUUCGAGCACCUGGACAAUCGAUCUGUGUUAUCUGCUAAUGCGGUACCAGGUGCGCCACGAAUACUUUACGCAGACUCUUGGGAUCGAUCCCAAUUACGCCCAGCAUACCUACUACUCAAAGAUCAUUGACAAGGACGAACGUCGCGUAACGCGCAAGUUCAAGGACGCACGGGCACAUGGACUGCGCGUGGAGCAGCGCACCGUGGGCAUGGAGGUCAUACUACGGCACUUGGCCCGCCAUGGUCCCGUCAUCUUGCUGACCAACGCCUCGCUGCUCACUUGCGAGGUGUGUAAACGCAAUGUUCUGGAGAAAUUUGGAUGUUUUCUUAUACCUUUCAUCGUUAAAAAUACACGCUUACUAAAAUCAAAAAGCUACGCGGGACACUAUGUGGUGCUCUGUGGCUACGACAUGGCCGCCAAUAAGAUGUUCUACCAUAACCCAGAGGUCCACGAUGGCCACGUUUGUCGCUGCCACAUCGAAACCAUGGACACCGCACGUCGCGCUUACGGCACCGAUGAGGACAUCAUCUUCAUCUACGAGAAGCAAAUCACCACAGAGUAAAUUAACUGCAAAACGAUAGACACACGAAACAGGAGUACCUGCCAGUUGCCAGGUUGCCAGAGAGUAAGAAAGGAGGAUUGGAAUCUGCGCUUGUGAUAUUAGGUCCUUAGAGGAGGAGUACGUUGGAGAGUGGGGUGAUUAAGAAGGAGCUGCUUGGUUAAAUUUUGGCACAACAGUGUACUUUAUUUGGGUAUUGUUAACAGUUGGUCCCCAUAAAAACAACAAUUACAAACACUUACAAUUACUAUUAAACCAGCCAGGCAGCUGCCUACACUAUAGAGUCGGUCGAUUUACACUUUAAGAAUUGUUACAAAAAAAAGUAUCCUAAGGUAAUCUGUUAAGUUCCCUUAGAACCUACCCAUACAUUUCAUUUGACACCUCAAAUACUCAUAGAGAUCUUUGAGUGUAAAAAAGGUUAUGUUUAUCGAGACUUCAAGGUAUACAAUUUAUAAUUUAUUUGCAUUUAGAAAGCAUAAAAUGCUUAUUUGGUUGGUAUUGAAUGCAUUCCUUUUAAUGGCCAAAUUAAAUGUUUAAAAUGUUCUUUUUUAAGAAUGUCAUUUAAAUUUUGAACUGAAUAUGUUUAGAAACCAAAUAUUUGUAGAUAUAGCUUAAGAGAUUAUUCGUUGAAAUUGUCCAGAGGUUACUUUCCGUAUACAUUUGCAUUCCAUUUAAAUCGACCUACCCUAGAGUACAUUCCAAUACAUUGAUGCAUUAAUAAAUGUUUUGUUUGUAUGUAAAAAAUAGUACAAAUUAUUGUUUCAAACAGA